AUGCGGGGGAAAGAUGUCACCGUGGAUAACGACGUGAUGAAGAAAGUCUUCGAGUUCAACCUAGUCGGAAAACGAAGCAAACCGGCAGAUUUCAACGCAAAGACGAGUUGGAAGGAACUUUCCCCCGACACUACAUGGGACUCCCGUGGCAUGCCAAACGGCUUAGUUCAAGACUUAGCCACAGCGGUUGUGCACCGAUUCAUCGCCUAUAACAUCACGGGGAAAAAGGAGGUGAACAAACUGAGUGAAACCGAGCUCUAUCUUGUAUGGGCAAUGCGCGCGGGAGUGAAGGUGUGUUCGAUGAACUUUUUGCAAAACUCCUUGCAAGAGGUGGCUCUCGAAAAACGUGGCAUACCGGCUCUCGGACACGUUGUGACGGCUUUGGCCAAACACUUCGGCAUCCCCGAUCAACCCAUAUUUAUCGACGCGACGUGGUCCAUGGAAGGCGAGCCAAUGAGGUGUAUUAAUGAACAUGAGCUCCAGCAAGCCGAUCUCCGAACCACCUCACGGGAGUACACGAAGAGAAAGGCCUACGACACCUAUUUCAAGAAGCUCAAACGCGGUGAGGCACCUACCACUGAUCAGGCCGGGACGUCCCAACAACCGGUUAAUGAUGACGAGCACGACCCUAUGAAUACAGAUGAAGAACACUAUUACCUACCACCACCCGACCCGAAACCAAUAAAUGCUUUCUCUUAA